AUGUCUGCUUCUGUCGAUGACGGACACUCGUCCUGGGGGGCCGAAUUCGAGGUGUUCUUGAGUUUCAGAGGCCCCGACACCCGGCGCAGCUUCACCGAUAAUCUCUAUCACUCCCUGGUUAGAGCUGGCAUUCGUGUUUUCAGAGACAACGAAGAGAUCCGACAGGGCGAAAAGAUUGGAGAUGAGCUUUUGCAUGCCAUCAAAUCCUCCAAAAUAUACCUUCCCAUCUUCUCUAGGGACUACGCAUCCAGUGUGUGGUGUCUUCGCGAGCUCACGCACAUGGUGGAAUGCUCGAGCAAAGCGAAAGAUAAAAUGAUCCUACCCAUUUUCUAUGACGUUGAUCCUGACGAUGUGAAGCUCAGAACUCCACUGUACCUCGAUGCUCUGGAGAAGCACGAGGAGAAGUUCGGCCGCGAUGUUCCGCAAUGGAAGGAGGCUCUGACCGAGGUCGCAAGAAUAAGGGGAUUGGGCUUGAAGGACAAAGGGUAA